AUGGCAAGAUUGCCAUUUUUGCAGACAGCGCCUGAGCAAAGGGUUCAACUUACAUCAUAUCCAGAGUUGCAUUUUCCACAGCAGCACAUCUUCACAUCUACACAUCUUUACAUCUCACAUCUUGACAUCCGUGCAUAUCCAGACAUGCCCAUCUUCACACCCUGCACAUCUUCAAAGUUGGCAUCUCCAAAGACAGGGAAUGGAUGUUUGAUUUUGACGUUGAAGAGGAACUGUGAAUCGAACAACCCCUGCCCCAGGAGCUGUCGCAUGACGUGCAGCCAUCGUAACGCGCCUAGCCCUAUGGAUCGCCAGGUCGAGGGCUCAGCCGAUCAAACUUUAGUGACGACUCGACUCGAAGCCUGCGAUGGCUUCAGUUGCCUUUCGCCGCAGUUUGACUGCUCUGAACUUCGAGGACUUUAG